AUGGUUCCGGCACUGACGUUCUUGUCAUUACUUCUGGUGACUGGAGUUAUCGGGAAUUGCCUGGUUCUUCUUGUGUACGGUCGUAGGUUCCCCCAAACUCCGCUGAAGAUGUUCAUUAAAUGUAUGGCUGUGUACGGUCUCGUAACGGUCACGAUCACACUUCCGGGUAAGUUUACACAUAAGCGAAUGUUUGGUGUUGGUUGGUGUCUGUGUCAGUUCGUCAGUCGAGUCGAUCAUCAAGAUCAUUUUAAUCAUCGGUCUCAUUAUGUUUGUGGGUGCGCAGAAGGCUGAUGGGACUGAUUCUAGCGCGAAAGUCUCUUUUGUGUUGAAAACUGUAAUUCAGGGCACACACGAAAUUUCAAUAAUGGAUGUGUUUGAAUGUUAUUCAAGUGUUGCAGAGAGAUGUGGACAAUCUUUUAAAAAGGCAUUCACGAUCUCGUGAAUUCAUAUAUAACCUUUUUCGACCUUAUUUUGAUUUCAGGUGAAAUGUAUGAAUCACUUAAUCAGUUAGACUUCAACAAACCAAUUGUCUGCAAAAUUAAACAU